AUGGCCAUCAAACAAGACGUUGUUACCCGUGAAUACACCAUCAACUUGCACAAGAGAUUACACGGUGUUCAUUUCAAAAAGAGAGCUCCAAAAGCUGUCAAAGAAAUCAAAAAAUUCGCCACUUUACACAUGGGUACCACCGAUGUUAGAUUAGAUCCAAGAUUAAACGUUCAAUUAUGGUCUAGAGGUGUUCAAGGUGUUUCUACCAGAUUAAGAUUAAGAAUCUCCAGAAAGAGAAACGACGAAGAAGAUGCUAAGGAAAAAUUAUUCGCCUUUGUUGAACCAGUCAAUGUCCCAUCUGCUAAAGGUUUACACACCGUUAACGUUGAAGAUGACGAAGAAUAA